AUGGGGAGCGCGCAGUCGAAUCGCAUGGGGUCGGGCACGGGCGCCGGCUUCUCCAGUUCGGCGAAUAACUUGGCGCUUUCGACGCAGCUCUCGAAGGAGUGCCUGAAGCAGUACCUGAAGAAAUUUGACAGUGACGAAGUGGAAGUCCUGAAGAAAGUCUACAAGGCUCUUUCGGCGCGGAGCCCCGGACCGGGGAUUGACAAAGAAACCUUCCUCCAGUAUUUCCCGCUGCCAGGCUUAUGGGGAGAACGCCUCUUUCAAAAAUUCGACUUCAAGGGCGCAGGGAGUGUGGACUACGAGGAGUUUUUGAUUGGCAUUGCCGUGUGCUGCCGCGGCACGAAGAGCGACCGGAUGUAUGUGUUGUUCCAAGUGUUUGACUUGAAUUCUGACGGAUACAUUCAGAAGAGUGAACUCGUGGCCAUGCUUUCGAAUUUGCCGAAUCUGGGGCGGUACAUGAGCAUCCGAAAGGCUCGACAAGCGCAUGGGGGAGAAGGGAGCCACGGCGGCGAACCCGAGGGGUACGGCGGGGUCGACCCGCACGCAGACAGCAGAGACGGAGGCGAGCGGAAUUUUUUCGUCCCAGCGCCAGGUCAAGGCAGACUUGGGGGGGACGGCGCCGUUCGCCAGCGCAACUUGCCGGGAGAACGAGGGGGCACAGUCAGCUUUAGCUCAUCGCUCACCAUCGGGGAAGAUGAGGACGAAGAAGAUACUGACUUCCUUGACUCCUCGACUACAAACCUGCCGUCCACGGCCUCUCAACCCCCGCUGCCUCCUCCCGAGGCCGCUCUCGUCGGCGUCUCAGAUUUUGUUCCUUCGCAGCACCACGCGGCGGGCGGCGCGUCAGGGGGCCUGGCCUUGGGCCCCGCCGCAGCCAAAGGAAGCGAGGGGAGUCGCAGAGAAAACUUGAAGCCGUACGAACCGCAUCCCCUGCUGGCGCGGCUCGAGCAGGAGGCCUCAGACAGCGAAGAGGGGGAGGGAAGGAGCUUCGACGAAGAUAGCAGUGGAGGCUCCUCCUACAGCUCCUCCAUGUCCGACGUGUUUGCGUGCUUCUCGCCUUCUGACCAAGCGUCGCGGAACCCUUCGCCGCCUCGGCGGGCCUGCGGGACCUCCUCCUCGGGCGCCGUCCCCCCUUCGACCGCGGUCGCACCCGCCACUGGCGCCCCAGCCGCGUGUCCCAGUCCCAGGAGCGGAGGAGGGAACGACGCGAACCACCAACUUUUAAGCGCGCAUGCCAGCGCAGCGAGUCCUUCAGGAGGAGGAGGCGCAGCGCCUGUCCCCGGAGCUGUCAGCAGUUCGCGCCUUCCCGUGUUGUCGAGUCGCCCUUCAACGGACUCUCUCGCUUCUGCGCCGUCCCCCGCGGACGCGUCGCCGAGUUUCGUGCCGCCGCCGGUGCAUCGACCGGGAGGGGCCGGUCCGGGCUCUGCAGCCCUUCCUCUCCUCAAAGCGGCGCCGCCCAACGUGCGCGCGGCGUCCGGGGACGAAGGAGACAGUGCAGCGGCGUCUAGCGGCGACGGCGGCGUGGCGGCCGCGAAGGGGAUUGUCGCAGGAGACUCGUCCGCGGUGAAGAGCGCCGUCGCGGCUGCCCAGCCCCCCGCGACCCCAGGCGGCAUGGCGCCCUCCAGUGACAAGACACCACGCGGGAGUUCGAUCUCUCAACAAGCAAAGGGAGGCAUCACCAAGACAGCAAGUCGCCUCACUAACGCGUUGAAGAGGACUUUUUCGGGGUCGCAGAGCUCCUCUCCAGCUGGCGCGUCAGAGGCAACGCCCGCCCGGGAGUCAACCGGGUUGGGAGCGCCGGCACAGCCAGGUUCCGGAGGCUCAGGGGCGGCCAACAGCAGCCGCGCGGUUUCAGUCCUUCCUUCGAGACAGUCUUCUGAAGCUUCUGUGGCCUACUCGCAGGGCGUUGUCAGUCCCCUGGGCAGCGGGCAUGCAGCGACGGCGCGGCCCGCCGCGGCUGCGGCCGCCGUCCCUCAGAUUAUUCCCGCGCCGGCGCCGGCCUCGGCGGCUCCUGCCCCUGCGGCCCUCUCGCCCGCACCGCCAGCCAUCCCUCCCGUCGUGGUUCACGCUGCGUCCCCGCGAUCCGAAGAGACAGAUGCAGGAGUGAGACGGGACAGCGACGGCGUCGCGGGGGCCGCGCCCGAGGCGGGCCGAGACGCCGCGUCGAAAGGACUCUCUGGCGCGUCAGCCGGGGCUGCAGGGGCGCUGGAAGAGGGCGCAGUAGAUCUUCACGGGGCGGCCGCAGCGGGACUGCUCGAGGUGCAGCAGCAGCAGGUUGCCCCGCCGCCGAAGGCGCCGACAAAGAGCGCCAUGCUUUUGCAAGCAGAGAAAGACAAGACUCGCCAGGAGCAAGCGAAGAAGAAUCCGUCCCCGGUGGCGCAGAGUCUCAUCAAGGAGGAGAAAGCCGAGGAAGACGAUCACAAGGAUGUCUUGGAUGUCGAAGGCAUCGUUGACAAAAUCAUAGAGGAAUGCGAGUUUUUUGAACACGGGAAGUUGAGCUUUCCGGAGUUCAAGACAUGGCUGGAGCGCAACGAGGGAAUUUUGUCCAUGUUCACCGAGUGCCUUCACGAGGAGGUCUGGGGGCUGCAGGGCAACGCCCUCUACCGCAGUACAAGCGUCCCGAACCGGUCCAGCCGUCUAGUCGCCGCGGGUCUGCAGGGCAUUUCGCUAGGAUCUCGUCACAUCAGUCAGGCGAAUCGCGAAGGAGGGACGGGAAGGCGUCUUCGGCGGAGCACGCUGUUGUCUUCGCGGGCGUCCUCAGCUUCUUUUUCUUCCCGUGCAGGGCUAAGCAGAGCGGGCUCGCCCUCUUCGUCUCGCUUCGGGGGACUGGGGUUCGGUUCUCUGCCGAGCGGCGAUAUGAUUGUCAACAUGCAGCACUUCCAGAAAGUGAAACACCUCUUCACCAACCCCGCUCACACGUCCCCCCGUCGUCCUCCUCUUGACCUGGGCUCCAAUCUUCUCCGGUCUCAAGCGCCGGCUCGGCCUUCAUCCUCGCAGCAAGCGCAAGGCCCUUGCGCGCCAGCCGUGAGCAGUCCCUCCGGUCCGACGACCGCGACCUCGGGGACGCCCGCCGCGACACUUGCGUCGGCGACGGGCGUGGGUCGCCCCACAUGCGCUCCUGGGUCCCACACUGGCGCAGUCGGGGCGGACGGCAUGUCUCUGCCGUCAUCGGGGGCGCCCGGGGCUUCACCGGCCGCGAGCCCGUCGAUGCCGAUCGCGGCGCCGGCUCCUGCUGGGGUGGGGGGUCUCGCACCGCCUGCCGAUGCUGGGGCGCCAGCCCCGUCGGUAGAGUCUUUAUCGGCUUCUCGUCCGAAUUUGCCCGCGUCGAGCGUCUCCACAAGCGCCUUAGGGGCGCCAGCCGGCGCGGCGAGUCAGCCCCCCGCUGGCGUGCCAGCGGAUACUGCGAUUUCUGUUUCUGCUGGUCCUGCUGUGACGGUGUUGGCGACUGCCGCUGCCACGCAGGUGCGGGCGCCCGCGGCUCGAGAUGCUGCGGCGCUCGCCGAACCCAGUCAACAGCAAGUUCAAGUCAACGUCUCCGUUGUCUCGGUCGCAGGCGUUGCUACGGGAUCCGAGCAGCAACGGGAGCAGCUUGCGGCGGCGUGUGCGGCUCCAGUCUCCUCUGCGACGGCGCCGGCAGACGGGGCGCCUCCUUCCGCGGUGGCUGCGCCUUCUGCGAAACUGAACUCCACAGCCGGGUUCGCAGGAGGGGCACCGGUUCCAGGGGCUCCAGGGACGGGCAGUGUUGCAGCUGCUGUCAGUUCGUCAUCGGAGGCGGGGACGGCGCCGGCGGCGACAUUUCAAGUCACAACCGCGGCAGUCGAUCCCGCUGCCGCAGGAGCGGCUGCGGGGGCGGCGGCAGGCGGUGUCAUUCGCGCCGCAGCAGGACCCGUCGCUGGCGCGGCUGCCGCUGCGGCUGUAGGUGCAGCUGCCGCUGCAGCCGCCGCGGCCGCCGUGGAGGAGACGCGGGCGGCGGGGGGGGUUCCUGCGGGCACGAGUGCCGCGACGCGCACAGCGGCGGCGACGGCAGUUGAGGGCUCGUCGGCGGAUUCAGCUUCAGUUGGAGCGUGUGCGCCAGCAGAAGCGGCUGCGCCAACUUUGGAGGCUAGGGAGGCGAGCGCAGGGGGUGCGUACGGGAGAAUGGCGGGGUACUGUGACUGGGAGGAUUCACGAAUGUCCCCUCAGCUGGCUGUGGAUAUCGUGAGCAAGGAGUUGGUUGACUUCAUUCGUUCAUCGCAUCAGUCGCUGCACAGUGCCCAGCUUCCGAGCCCGUCGUCUCAGUCCGCCAACAAGAGUGCCGCGUCUAGCGGCAGCGCGAGAUAUGGGGCCGCCGGAUCUGGCCCCGUGGGAGGCGCGCCGCCCGCGGUCCUGUCCUCGUCGCCCUCUCAAGCUGCAGCUGGAAGAGACGGCGGCGGGGGGGGGGGGCGGCGGAGGAUCCCAAGAUUGCGGACGGCGUCUCCGGGCGUGCGAGGCAAGAUUCCCAAGCAGAACCGGAUUUGA